CCCCUCGCCUCCUGGGGAGUUCCUCGUCCUCUGUGAACCUGAAGACCUCACGGCAGCCCGAGGAGCCGUCAGGCGGGGAGCCGGCUGGUGGCUCCUGGGUGCCUUUCAGGGCCCCUUAUUCCCUUGUUUGUACACCUGGCCUCUUGUGCCACCGACCAGCAAGCCCCGGAGCCCUGGUCCACUUGUGUAGCACCUCCCACCCCACGUCUUCCUGCGGUACCCGUCUCGAGCUCGCUACAAAGUGGCAGGAGUCCCCUAACUAAAGCAGAACAUCAGAGCAAAAAGAUGCCAUUUCAGGUGCCUGGUGACAGUCCCCCCUGACCUGUGGAAAUGACGGCCAGUCUGAGAACCAAGGUCGACCUUUCUGCCAAAUGUAGAUUCGAUCUGCCAACAAGGCCCAUUUUUCUUUGAAAUGAAUUAUUUUCUUUUAGUUCUGUAAGAAUCAGUGGCACUUGGAGCGUCAUGUGUGACUCCUGGGUUCCACAGCUACACUCCCAUUGCCAGAAACCAUGCCUGCAGGGAAACAUGGCGUGGUCGCCCACUGCUCUGGGAGACACACGGAGUCCAUGGCGCUUGGACGAGUGAGGAAGGGCUCCCGGGCCCAGGCUUUCUGCAGUGGGAACUUCCUCCUGCAGUGGGAGAAACUGCCAGUAAAGGAAGAAGGACGAUUUACAUACCGAGGAGGCAAGGCUGCUCUGUGGGCUUAGUCACAGCCUGCCGCUUGAGACAUCCUGGGAAAUCCCUCUCUGGAAGAGGAGAGUUAAAGUCCGGACUCCCAGGAAAACAGCUUCCGUAGCACAUUCUGCCCAGGGCACAGCUGGAAUGAGCACUGUGGACAGUUCCGCGGACCAAGCAGAGAGUGCUCAAUCCUCAAGAAGAAAGAAUUUGACAGAUCCUCUUGAACAAAAGAUAAGGUGCUUAGAGAAACAGAGAAAAGAGCUCCUACAAGUCAAUCAGCAGUGGGACCAGCAGUUUAGAAGCAUGAAGGAGGUGUAUGAAAGAAAGGUGGCGGAGCUGAGGACCCGGCUGCUCGCGGCCGAGGGCGCCCUGGGCGAGCUGGAGUGCGAGCGGCGGAGCCAGAGCGCGGGUGGCGCCGCCCGGGGCCCGCGGCGGGAAGAGGAAAGGGAAACCCUAAACGAAGAAUUACAGGAACUGAAGAAAGAGAAUAAGCUUUUGAAGGAAAAAAAUGCUCUCGCGAUGAAGAAGAAAGAGCACUAUGAAUGUGAAAUACAACGCCUUAACAAGGCUCUUCAGGACGUCUUGAAAAUCGAGGGUGCUUCGUCUCCUGGGGACCGGCGGGGGAUGUGCCCUGUGGAGUGCGGCCACGCGGCCACGAGAACGGAAGUGGAAGUUCUCAAGCAGCAGGUACAAAUAUAUGAAGAAGACUUCAGAAAGGAGCGAUCGGAUCGGGAAAGGCUCAGUCGAGAGAAAGAAGAGCUGCGGCGGGCUCAUCAAGCUUCCCGGGCCCAGCUGACCAGGCUGAGUUCCCAGAUCAAAGUUUGUCAGAUGGAGAAAGAAAAACUAGAAAAACAACUAAAACAGAUACAUUUCCCAGCCUGCACCUGUGGCUUGGCUUUCCACCUGCGGGACCUGGGGGUGCCAGCAGGCCCACGCACCACGCAGGACCAGUGGGAGCAUCCACCGGGCCCUCCAAGGUGUGCUGUGGACCUGCUUCCGCCAGACGGGCAGCCCAAGGACAACGGUCUCUCCUCAGAAAAGAAGCCCCCCCAGUAGGAGUAGUCCCCUGCAGAGCACUGGAGCAGAGGGGACCCGGCCAGGGCGCUGGUUUGUGUCUUCUCCACUCCUGCAGCCCAUCAGCUCCGUCACUCAGCCGGGUCCUGCUCCCACGGGCUCAGACAGAGGAAAAGUUUCUGGCCACCGAGAUCCUGAUGUGCUGGAGGGGCCAGUUUCUGAACAGCCCGAUCCAGUUCCUCCAAAGGACAGCUGGAGCCGGCUGAGGUGCUGCUCCUUGAAGUGUCCGUCUGCACAUGGCUGGGGCUUACAAAGACGACCAGCGUGUGGAUACCCGCGCUCCUGGGAGGGGCUGGUGGCUGUGCCUCCACACUGUCCGUGUUUACCCAGGACCUUAGUUCUUCAGCCAUGUGGUCAGAUACUGUGCUCUGCAGCGCUGGCCUGAGAGACCUGGAAAUUGGGUUGAGGAGGUGCACAUACUUCUUUCAGUUGGGCAAGCGUUUCAGGCUGAAUAAAAUGGCAAUCUUAAAACUA